AUGGCGGUGGCAGAUGUGAAGUUAAAUUCACCAACUCAAACAAACAGUCAAAGUGUUAUUGUCAAUGUCAAAGACAGAGAUGUUGAAGUGGGGAAACCAUACGAAGACGAAGAUGGUAUAACAAUUGUUCCUGUAAAAGAACCAACAUAUCCUGAAGUUAACAGAGACUUAAGUUCUGUUGCAGAUAUUCGAAACGACUACCAACAACUGAAAGACAAACUUCAAACUCAGGAGAAGAUUUGUCAAGCUUUAGGUAUAAUGUUAAACUUGGUCGAACACAACCCUGUAAAAGUGAACUCAUAUGUCAUUGCACCUCAUGAA